CUUCGUCUGGGAGUUGUAGAAGAGAUGCUUCAGGGGAGCUACGAAUGCGGCGACGGCGGCAGCAGCAACAACAUCCACGACAUCAUGCGCGCUCUCAUGCCCCACCGGCUUUGUCGCACGGGCAGUUUCGACCGGCAUACCAGACCGGUCCGACUACGAGUAUCCGUAGAAGUACCGGCGACGGCGACAGCAGCGGCCAGCCACGUCCUCCUCCUCGCCUUCGCCUUCGUGGCACGCAGCGAUUGUCUCAAGAUCGGGAAUAUGUUCGGUGAAAUCGAGGGGCUACAGACAGACGAACGAGACCAACGCGUGUUCUCGGUGGUGGGACGCAAAAGAGCUUGGGCAGACUCCCGUUGCGACCGUUGGCAUGCGCAAGUACAUCUUCUCGGAGAAUAUCGGUGUCUUCGGUGAUGUGGGCUGCUCCCUAGUUUGAGGACGCAGUCGCAAGUGUUGCCCUAACUAUCCGAAUGGUACCAAGAAGACCCCGUUUGCGCCGACGUUCCUGCCGGUCUACCAUUGUGCAUUUGGGCUGCUCCCUAGUUUGAGGACGCAGUUGCAA